CGACACUUCCUCCCUAUUGCGCUUGCAAAUCGGCCCCAUCUUUGCCUUCUCUCCCUCCCUCCUCACUCUACCCCACAACCCCCACACCCCCACCCCCUUAGGCUGGUGGUAUCGUCCGACAAUCAAGGAGAGAGGGAGCGCAGUUGUCUGCUGCAGGUCGAUCGGAGAGGGACGCGCAUAGCGACUGAAGACACAACAUUAGACCCCGUGUCUGUUUUGUCUCUACUGUUCAAAGUGCGAAUCUGAUUUUCUCCUUAUCGUUGCCUGGCAUUGUCAUAAACUUGGGGAAUACUAACAUCUGCGAAGAAUCUGUUUGAAAAGGACAGACGGCCCUCUUAGCCCUGUCCCCACACCCCAGUGAUGCUUAGCUGCUGUAUCCCAGAGGCCCACCUUGGCAGUUAGAGGAGAGGUCAUCACCAUGACAGCGUCCUCGCAGGACUCCGCACCCUCGUCUCUGGCUGGCCUCUUCCUGGUCCUUCUCCUCCCGACUGUUUUCACGCAGAACUCAGUCCUGACAACCCCAAACCUGUCAUUGUUUGACCCAUUGUCCCAACCAGAGUGCACAAAGAAAGAACAUCCAAAGGUUUCCAUUCAAGCUCUCAGUCCAUGGAUGUCUACUUUCUCCCACCCCGGCGUGAGAGACUACUCCCAGCUCACCCUUGACCUGACGAGGAAUGAGCUUAUUGUGGGUGCCAGAAACUACCUGUUCAGACUGGAUCUCAGUAACAUGUCGCUGAUACAGGCGACAGAAUGGGCACCGGACGAGGAAACCAGGAGGUCCUGUCAGAGCAAAGGCAAAACAGAGAUUGAAUGUCAGAACUACAUCAGAGUUCUGCUGGUGAACAAGACUGAGGUCAUGACCUGUGGAACCAAUGCUUUCCAGCCGCUAUGUAUUACCCGAGAGGUGGGCAACAUGAGCAGCGUGCUGGAACGAGUGAAUGGUGUGGCACGCUGCCCAUACGAUCCUCGUCACAACUCAACGGCAGUGGUGACAGAGAGUGGAGAGCUGUAUGCCGCCACCGUGAUUGACUUCUCUGGCCGCGACCCUGUCAUAUACCGCAGCCUGGGUGGAAUGCCACCUCUUCGGACCGCCCAGUACAACUCAAAAUGGCUCAAUGAGCCCCACUUUAUCUCAGCCUACGACAUCGGCCUCUUUACCUUCUUCUUCCUAAGGGAGAAUGCAGUGGAGCACGACUGUGGCAAGACAGUCUAUUCCCGGGUAGCACGAGUUUGUAAAAAUGACAUUGGUGGGCGAUUUCUCCUGGAGGACACCUGGACCACGUUCAUGAAGGCGAGGCUCAACUGCUCACGCUCCGGGGAAAUCCCCUUCUACUACAAUGAACUGCAGAGCACCUUCUACCUGCCAGAGCAAGACCUCAUCUAUGGGAUCUUCACGACCAAUGUCAACAGUAUUGCAGCAUCUGCAGUGUGUGCCUUCAACCUGAGUGCCAUCACCCAGGCCUUCAAUGGGCCCUUUCGGUCCCAAGAAAACCCUCGGUCCACCUGGCUUCCCACGCCCAACCCUAUCCACAACUUCCAGUGUGGUACUAUAAAUGAUGAGGGUCCUAAUGAGGGCUUGACAGAGCGCAGCCUGCAGGAUGCCCAGCGGCUCUACCUGAUGAAUGAUGUGGUCCAGCCAGAGUCUGUUGAUCCACUGGUCAUGCAGGAUGACGUUCGCUUCUCUAAUCUGGUCGUGGACAUUGUUCAGGGCAUGGACACCCUCUACCAUGUUAUGUAUAUUAGCACAGAAUAUGGCACCAUCCUGAAAGCACUGGCUACACCCAACAAGAACCUACAAGGUUGUUACCUGGAGGAGAUGGAGCUCCUCCCACCAGGGGUGCGAGAACCAGUCCUAAGCCUGCAGAUCCUGCACAGCGACAGGUCGCUCUUCGUUGGGCUCAACAAUAGAGUCCUGAAGAUCCCACUGGAGAGGUGCUCCACCUACAAAACUGAGACGCUGUGCUUGGAGGCGAGGGACCCCUACUGCGGCUGGGACUUCAGGCAGCGCAGAUGCACCACACUGGAGGACAGCUCCAACAUGAGUCAGUGGAAGCAGAACAUCACUGUUUGUCCGUUGCAGAACCAGACCACCAAUGGUGGCUUUGGACCCUGGGCGCCAUGGCAACCCUGCAACAAUGAUGAUGGUGUGGAUGGUGUGAGCUCCUGUUUGUGCCGCUCCAGGUCUUGUGACAGCCCUGCCCCUCGAUGUGGAGGCAAAAAUUGCCAGGGCCCCACCAUCGAAGUUGCCAACUGCUCAAGAAAUGGAGGCUGGACACCCUGGUCGUCAUGGGGACAGUGCAGCACAACCUGCGGUACAGGCUUCGAGCUGCGGCAGCGUUCUUGUAACAACCCUUCACCCCGACAUGGUGGCCGUGUGUGUGUGGGGCUAAGCAGGGAUGAGAGGUUCUGCAAUGAAGGGGUGUCCUGUCCUCAGCCUAUCUUUUGGUCUCCAUGGGGCUCCUGGACCAAGUGCAGCACUGAGUGCGGGGGAGGCGUUCACUCCAGGGUCCGCACUUGUGAGAAUGGCAACAGCUGCCCAGGAUGUGCACUGGAAUACAAAGCCUGUAACCUGGAGGCAUGUCCAGAAGUGAAGAGAAACACACCAUGGACACCCUGGUUGCCUGUCAACGUAACUCAAGGCGGAGCUCGUCAGGAGCAGAGGAUGCGCUACAUGUGCCGAGCACACCUGUCUGAUCCCCACGAGCUGCAGAUUGGACGCAGGAAGGUGGAGACACGCUUCUGUCCCAACGAUGGUACAGCAGCCUGUGAGACAGAUACCCUCGUUGAGGAGCUCUUGAAGACACCAGUGGUGAGAGUGGCAGGCACUGGCUGGUCAUCAUGGGAGACCUGGUCAAGCUGCUCACAAAGUUGUGCCAAAGGCUACCGCCUCCGUCGCCGAAGCUGUUCUGGACCAGAGGGGAAGAGUGCCCCUGUUGCAUGCCGUGGCUCACCUGUGGAGUACCAGGACUGUAACGUCCAGGCAUGUCCUGUGAAUGGUGCAUGGUCCUGCUGGUCUUCCUGGUCUCAGUGUUCAGUGGGUUGCGGCGGAGGUCAUUACCAACGCACACGCUCCUGUAAUAACCCAGCACCCACCAAUGGAGGGGACAUCUGCAUAGGACUACACACUGAGGAGGCCCUGUGUAACACACACACUUGCGAUGGUGGCUGGAUGGCCUGGUCACUGUGGUCAGCCUGUGAUGAUUCAGGCUUGCAGAUGAGGAGUCGGGUGUGUGGUGCUCAGGGCAACACCCCCUGUGUGGGGAACAGCACUCAGCGCAGAGACUGCAAUGAAAUACCUGUCAUUCUUCCUGCAUCUGGUUUUGAUAAGGACCAACACUGUGGAGCGUUCACCUCCAUCCACCUAAUUGCCACUGGUGUAUCCUGUUUCCUUGGGGCGGGCCUGCUGUCCUUCUUGAUCUACGUCUACUGUCAGCGUUUCCAUAAGCCUUCACAGGAGUCUGCUGUUAUUCAUCCCACUACCCCAAACCACCUUAACUAUAAGGGCAACACCACGCCAAAGAAUGAGAAAUACACACCCAUGGAGUUCAAGACACUGAACAAAAACAACCUGCUGCCAGAUGAAAGAUCCAACUUCUAUCCAACACCGCUCCAGCAGACGAAUGUCUACACCACCACCUACUAUCCCGCAGCGCUCGGAAAAUACGACUACCAGCCCAACUCCUCCCCUUCACCAUGCCGGACCUACAACCACAGCAACAACAGCUGAGACACGCCUCACAACUGGCUCUCCAACCCCCCUGCCUCCGCCCCAAGCGGACACCAUCCCAAUGCUAUGGUGACAUAACUGAACCGACAUGAACUGAAAUGUUUCUCAGAGCCAGGUUCUUCUGUUCGCCAUCGCCCCUCUCCUCACUCCUGUAGUCUCUUCUGCAUUGUAGGGUUUGUGUUUUCAAGGGUGUUUCUGGAACUUUUCCAUCAGGAGAUUAGGGUUUUGAAAACAAUGCCCAUGUCCAGUCAGAAACUGAUGAAACCAGCUUGGGGUUUGUUAAACUAAGAGCCUGACUUGAUAUAGCAGUGUUAGCUCAGCUUCAUCUUCAUGUGGGGACCCAGUGGAAAACUUUACUUAAGGCUUUAGACAGAUUAUUAUGACCAGAACACUUCAGUGCAGGUGCUGAGUCGAGCAUCCACUAUUGCAGACAUGAACAAGAACAGAACAUUCAUUUCUUUCGAUCUGGGUCACUGUUUUACACCUCUCCAUUUCAAGCCACAUUCUCAGCCUGUAAUGAACUUCGAGUCCCCCAACAACAAAAGCAGUUACUGAGAACAAACAGCACAUAUCUUUAUGUCCUUGCCACACAGCAUAGAGCAAGAGAACAACAACAAAAGAAAAAACUCAAUGGAGCUGAUGAUGAAAUAAAUUAAAGAUCAAUAUCAGCUAUCAGUUGCUCGGGCUGGAUGCAUGCCCUCCAUUGUUGGUGUUUCAUGUGACAGAAAUGAUAAGAACAUCAGAGUCAAUAAAGUUUUUGGACGGCUGUUUGGAAGAGUCACAAAACUAAACAUCAGCUUGAGUUGGAGAGAAAUAAUCUCUCUAAAUCUGCUUAUGAUCGGAGUCACAUCCCUUUUGUGCACAAGGACAUUCAUUUGUGGAGUCAAAGCAAGGGGGCUGUGAGAAGGGGUCUGAACUGUACAUAAAGCUUUGGGAAUGCCUUGGGUGCCUGUAUGCAACAGAGGGCAGGGGCAAAAUUUGUUUUCUUUCUACUUCUUCUGUUUUAUUUUUUUCCAAGAACAAUAAAAGACUUCUGAAAGAGAAUCGAUUGAUUCUCCAAUUGAUUCUCCAAUGGAUACAUUGAUUCUACUGAAUGCUAAAUAGCUCGGUGGUCAUAUCAAAUAUGGCCAGUGUGCUGAACAACUGGAUUAGGUUUUUUUGAUGGUAGAAUAAGCUAGUAGAUUGGUACUUGUUCUUUUUUUAAUGUUUGUUUUUUAAGACAAUUGUUUUAUGCUCAGAUGAGCCGUAGCAUAGGAGGAAAUAUUUUUUGUUAAAUAAGAUAGAGCUGAUUAAUUGUUGUUUCUCUAAUUUCACUUCAAUGAAUGAACACAUACCUUUGUUUUCUUGAUUUUUCAGUGGUUGGGUAACCAUUGCAUCUUCAAAUACCUGACAUGAUAACACAAAGAAUACAAUAAACAUUACUGAUAUGGUUUUUACAAAAAAAAUUAUUGUAACAAAACAUCUAUUUGGCCCAACUUGAAAAAAGAAAACUAAACUAAAUUAUGCUUGCUUAGAAGUUUGCCUGUGUGUAGAUCAGAAUGAGUGCAUGUGUGUGUAGAUGUGUGUACAUGCAAACACAUGUACUCUAUGUGCGUCUGUAUGCCCGAAUGAGCAAACAAAGGGGUGUUACUGUAUUUUGUACAAUGUAAAUGCUUUCAUACAUAUGACUAUGUAUGAGGAGGUCUGUAAAGGCUAGUUUUUGUUUUUGUUUGCAUUUUUUCUUCCACAUUCUAUCACUGGCACUCCAGGUGUUAUACUUGUGUUUCUAUAUUUCAUGUAUGAGUUGUUUAUCAUUGUAAGUUAAAGCAUCGCAUCUCUUGCUCCUGUGGAGGUGGAACGGAUACUAUUUAUAGUCAAAGCUUGGUUUAUAAAGGGCAUUUUCACAGCUAUAUUUUAUUAUUAUUGCCUGAUCAAUGAAUGCUAACCCAGCAAUGCUUUUCAAUUCAGCUACUGUACAUGCACGAGAUGAGAGCUCUCUCUGUAUAUAGGAGUGACAGCCUUCUGCAGUCCAUUUAAUGACCCUGAAGAGGAUCGUGUAAAUGUAUCUGUAUAUUGUAUAGCUAACACUGUUUGUUUAAAAAAAAAAAAAAAAAAAGCCUUAUAGUUGUUUUAAAAAAGUGCAGCAGCUAAGUACACACCACCCAUGAGGUUUGUUUGGGGACAGAGCUCCACAAUGUGACCAGCUGCCUGUGGCUUUUGACCUUUCCCAGCAGCUCAAACUUUUUAGAGAUUUUAAGAGAUGCAUGAACCCAGGCUGAAAAUAAUUCAGUGUAGCACUGAUAAUAUGAGAGAUUAUAGACUAUUAUUGACUGCAAAUGGUCUAUAGAUAAAAUAUAAAAGUGGAAUUUUGAAAAAGCAUUUUUUGAUCUAAACUAAGCCUCAAUUGGCUGGGUGUGAUAGCCACUCAUCUGACUGGUCAGUUUUGAGCUCUGUCCCCUGCGAUGUGAGGCUCUGUGCCCUUCUAUGCAACUUACCAGGUGUACUGUUAGACCUGUCAUGUAGACUGUAAUCACUGCCUUUUAGACACUGUGAAUUUUUUGGUACCCUAUAUUUUUGUAUAUUGUACAUUAUAAAGGAUAAUAAACCUUGAUGCCAAUGCA